AUGAGGUUCGUGUUACUGGUGGCGCUGAUCGGCGCCGUGAUGGCGGAUAGCCCGCCGAGUGCAGUGGAGGCGAAGCCGGAGAAACGAGACGGUGGUGGGCACGGGCACGGGCACGGGCACGACCACGGGCACGGGCACGGAGGCUCGGGGCUCGGAGCGUCCGGUGCGGGCGGUGCCGGUGGAGGCUACUCCGCGCCGGCUGCGUCCUACAGCGCGCCGUCGUCCGGAUACGGCGCGCCGGCGGCCGCGUCGUCCUACAGCGCGCCGGCCGCGUCUUACGGCGCGCCGUCCGCUUCGUACGGCGCUCCGCAGCAGGCCGCACAGCCGAGCUACGGCAGCAAAGGAAGCACGGGCUACUACUACUACUACAUCCCGAUCCAAGAGCACCACGGCGGCGGCGGUGGCGGCGGCGGUUACGGCGGCGGCGGCGGCGGCGGACUCAAGCUCGGCGGCGGAAAGGGCAAAGGAGGCGGAGGAGGACUCGGCGGGCUCGGCGGGCUCGGCGGCGGCUACGGAAGCGGACUCGGCGGCGGCUACGGAGGCGGCCUGGGCGGCGGCUACGGCGGAGGCGGCGGCGGCAAGGGAGGCGGAAAGGGAGGCGGCGGCGGCAAGGGAGGCGGCAAGGGAGGCGGCGGCGGCCUCAUGGACAGCAUCGGCAAAGGCAUCAAGAAGAUGGGCGACAACAUGAAGAAACUGUUCGGCGGCGGCGACGACUACGGCAGCAGCUCCGGCGGCGGCUACGGCAGCUCCGGAUCCGGCGGCGGCGGCUUCGGCUACGCCUCCCGUAACGACAACACCUGGACCAACGCCCUCGCCUGGGGCGUCGGAGCGGCAGUCCUCCUGUCCGCUGCACCUCUCCUGUAUCAGGCGAUCGGGACGCCGCUCAUCGCCGGGAGGAACCUCCAGGAGGCUCGCGCUCUCGGUUACCAGUUGUACGAGACGACGAAGACGAAGAUCUACGAUAACGCGCCGAGCCAGGAGGAGUUGGGCCAGGUGACGGAGGCGGUCUACGCCGCCAUCGACAACGAGGAGUGCAUGAAGAGGAUCUGGUGCGAGACCGGGUCCAUCUUCCGCAAGUACAAGCAUUCCGACCGGGUGCUCACGAUGGUCCAGAAAUACGGUCCCAAGAUGGUGAACACGCCGGUGAAGGCUCUGAAGAAGGCGAUGGAGCUGGGCACGUGCGAAAAAUACAAGUGCGGCAGAUUAAAGCUCAAGGAAGAAUGAGAAGUCUCGCUUAGCCGUUACUUAUCCGUUGCCGAGGGUAUCCGUUUCUCUUUCUGAAUCCGGCGCCGGUUUCUCCACUUAUCGCAUGUAAAUACGGCAGGUCUCCUCGGAGUUGGAAGUAAUCCCAUGGUGAACAGUUACCAGGCCUUUUUCUCCCCUCGCAGAAUUCACCAGC